AUGGUUGUGCCAAUGAAGUGGUUAAAGGGAAGUGUAUUACGAUCUUCGGAACAACCGUUUCGAAAACAAUCUACCCAGGAAGAAGUAAAAGGGCAAAGAUCUUUUAAAAAGCUAUUCUUGCCGUCUUGGUUUUUACGUAAAAGUAAUAAUUCCAAGUUAAAUAAAAAAUUCGAAUCAGGACAAAAUCAUUCACCAAUCUGGCAAACUUCUGAUUCUUAUAAAUAUUUCAAUUUUAAGAUUUCUCCAAAGGAUAUAAAAACAAAAGCAAAAUUUAAGGAAACCUCCGAAGAUAAUUCUAGAAUAUAUGAUAUAGUCGAGGAAACGGAAGAUUUUAUAGAAAACACUAAGAAGGAAAUCACAUCAAAACCCUCGUCUAAUAGUAACGAAGAAUUUAAUACGGAAAUUCCAGUGGUAAAAAUUGAGAACGUCAGUAUAACAUAUCCAAGAAUAUCGCCAUGUAGAAAACUUCAGAAUCUCAACAUUGUGUUUACGUCUCCGUUAGAAAAAGAACCUUUAAAAUUAUCAGAAGAGUUGCUACAGAAAACUGAUCCUUUAAAGACACCUGAAUAUUUCUCGAUGAAAAAGCCAAAUUUCUAUCAAAAUAAUAAUCAGAAGCAAUGCUGCAGUGAAGCCAUUUUACCUGACAAAGUUACGUUGAAAAAUGAUCCUCCGAUCGUUUCGAUGCCACCGCGGAGAAGGAAAACUUUCAAGCCACGUAUUUUGACAACGCCUGGUGGCUCAAAGACAGCCAUUUUCUCAUCAACUUUGAACAAUGAAGAAUCUUUGUGUACCAGCAAACCAUCAUCGAUAAUGUCGACAUACGCUCCAAAUAAUUAUAUAGAUUAUCAGAGACAACAACUUAUCGAAUUAAACAUUAAAGAAAAAAAAUUACUGGCUUUAAAAAAUCUGAUUUCAAAGAAACAAGAACUUCUAUAUCGUUUGAAAGAAUUUAGACAAUUUCCAGUACGUUCACCGACAAAGGAUUUGAACAAUUUUUCCAAGGACAGUUCUUCCGAAGAAUCGGAUACGGACGACUUGUCGAACAAUUUUUUUAAUUCAACAAGAAAAUCUAUAGAAAUGGAGAAGAUCGUACAAAAUAAAACUCGUCAUACUUCGAUAGGUUUAGUUCGAAAUUUAGUUAAUAAGUUUGAUUGUGAAAAGACAAAAUCUAUGGAGAAGGAAACGUACAAGAAGAAAUCCAAUUUGGACCAUACGUUCGUCAAAAUGGCAGCCAACGCAUUGGAGAACGGAGAUAUGUGGCAGGCGCAACAGAUUUUGAACGAAAGAGGAACAAGCACGGAAGAAGACAUUACAAUCGAAUAUUCCAGCGAUUAUAUCAAUUCUACUGCGUCACGUUUUUCGAACAAAAAUUUUAAUUGUAAUGAUGUAAUGACUAAGUUAUCGUCAAAUUCGAAAACAUAUUUUCCAAAUGACAAAAUAUUUACUUUCCCCGAUAGUGUUUAUCCAAAAAAUAUGAAACGUAGAGUCCAAUGGAUAUAUGUACCUUCGAACGUUUCUUGUCCUUUUUUAUACGAGAAAACAUAUAAGAAAAGUCGCUAUUCCACAGCGAAAUUUUAUCCCAUUGAUGAAUUUUAUAUUACUAAUACUAAAUACAGGGAAUAGCC